AUGAGUUCCCGCUUGACUCGAUCGUCUGCCCACGGACUGAGGCGACAGGCUUCAGGUCCACGGGAUGAAGAAGACGAUGUCGAUAUGGGAGGUCCCGCCCCAGUAUCCGACGACACCGACCCGUUCUCCGAAGACGACGAAGACAUGGAUGUAGAUAGUGAAGAGGACGAAGAAGAGAUGGAUGUAGAUAGCGAAGAGGGCGAAGAGGAAGAAGAUGAACUUACGGAUAGCUCUCUCCCCGACCCGGAUAGCGAAAAGGAAGACGAGGGGAAAAAACGCAAGGGAGGAGGCAAGGCGACAAAUGAAGAAAAUAUCGAAGCGAUUACGAAGGCGUACGCCGCGCUUCCCGCCGAACUUCGCACAUUAGCAAGAGACGGCCCAGCAAGGGUACAGAGAACAGCCAAGAAGUCCAGAGCUUAUAUCGCUAAGCACAAAGGCCAGCUCGAAUCGAUGGAAGACCUUUACAGCCUGAUGCCGACCGACGAAGUGCAGAUCGGCGAAGUAUGGACGCAGGCGUUGGAAGACGAGUUCCAGCAGGGCUUAGCCCAAGAUCCCUACCUGGCCUACAUAGAUGGCAGCACCCUUCCGAAGUCGAACGAGAGGUACAUCCCCAUGUGGAAGAAGAUAUGCCGCCUGAGACGCGUAUUCCCGCCCAAUGUCAUAUCUCCUCUGAACUACCUCGAGUACGGCGCCACCGCCCGCGUGGAGCUGCCCGACGGGACGACGAGACCAGAUCCUGUCUGGUCCUCGUCAUUCUGCGAGCGGCUGACGAGACUGGUGCUCGGAGGCCCCUGGGGAGAUGAUAUGGAACAGCUGGCCACGUUCGUGCGGUACGCGUCGGCCUGUCGUAUGGACGACCGUCGCCCCAUACCUCUCUUCGUGCUCAACAACGAGGGUUCUUCGUUCGUACGUCAGAUAUGCGAGAAGUUUAUGCAUAACCGCGAUCCUGGAAAGACGAUUCCGCGGGCCCACCAAGACGCGCGCCGAGCGGUUCGGUCGUCAGGCCAUAAACUGCCUUGGGAGUCUCAGAUGAUGCGUAGCAUAGAGAAGCUAGCCUUCGAGCGGUCAGAACAGCUGCCCAGAGACGAGGACGAGGACGAGGACGAAUAUCGGAUUUAUUCCGUCACGACCGAGGACCUCCGCAUGGUCGAGCGCGCCGUAAGCAACUGUAAGGACCUCGGCCGGCCCCUGUUCGCCUCUGUGAGAGAUACUUGUCGUAUCGUCUCUCACGGAAGGAGUUUCGACUACCCUAAAACUUACGAGCACGUCAAGAUCCUGCAGAAAAGGAUUUACGUAGAAGAGAAGAGGGGCUUGGAGAAGAGACGUUUGGAGCAGAUACUUCCGGUGGAUAGCCCAGUAAGUUCGCCGGUCUGA